GUCUCAAAAAACAAACAAACAAACAAACAACAACAACAAAAACUCCUAGCAACUGCACUGCCCUGCCUCGGACUCGACGCCCGCCGGUGACGCACACGCUGCGCCGGAAGUGCGACCCAUCUGCCUCCAGGCUUUGUCAUGGCUGCUGCUGCCGCGCGCUGGAACCAUGUGUGGGUCGGCACCGAGACUGGGAUCUUGAAAGGGGUAAACCUUCAGCGAAAACAGGCGGCGAACUUCACGGCCGGAGGACAGCCGCGGCGCGAGGAGGCAGUGAGUGCCCUGUGUUGGGGCACGGGCGGCGAAACCCAGAUCCUGGUGGGCUGCGCGGACAGGACGGUGAAGCACUUCAGCACCGAGGAUGGCAUAUUCCAGGGUCAGAGACACUGCCCGGGCGGGGAGGGCAUAUUCCGUGGCCUCGCCCAGACCGACGGCACCCUCAUCACAUGUGUGGAUUCUGGGAUUCUCAGAGUCUGGCAUGACAAUGACAAGAACACAUCCUCUGACCCACUCCUGGAACUGAGAGUGGGCCCUGGGGUGUGUAGGAUGCGCCAAGACCCAGCACACCCCCAUGUGGUUGCCACAGGUGGGAAAGAGAAUGCUUUGAAGAUGUGGGACCUGCAGGGCUCUGAGGAACCUGUGUUCAGGGCCAAGAACGUGCGGAAUGACUGGCUGGACCUGCGGGUUCCCAUCUGGGACCAGGACAUACAGUUUCUCCCAGGAUCACAGAAGUUUGUCACCUGUACAGGGUACCACCAGGUUCGUGUCUAUGACCCAGCAUCCCCCCAGCGCCGGCCAGUCCUAGAGACCACCUAUGGAGAGUACCCACUGACAGCCAUGACCCUCACUCCGGGAGGCAACUCAGUGAUUGUGGGAAACACUCAUGGGCAGCUGGCAGAAAUUGACCUUCGGCAAGGGCGUCUACUGGGCUGUCUGAAGGGGCUGGCAGGCAGUGUCCGUGGGUUGCAGUGCCACCCUUCAAAGCCUCUACUAGCUUCCUGUGGCUUGGACAGAGUGUUGAGGAUACACAGGAUCCAGAAUCCACGGGGUCUAGAGCAUAAGGUUUAUCUCAAGUCUCAAUUGAACUGCCUCCUCCUGUCAGGCAGGGACAACUGGGAGGAUGAGCCCCAAGAGCCUCAAGAACCCAACAAGGUGCCCCUAGAAGACACAGAGACAGACGAACUUUGGGCAUCCUUGGAGGCAGCUGCCAAGCGGAAGCUCUCGGAUUUGGAGGAGACCCAAGGAGCUCUCCAAACCAGACGGAGAAAGAAGAAGCGGCCUGGGUCCACCAGCCCUUGAUGCCCCUGUGCCUGCCCACUUUGUAAAUAAACAGCUGAACAUCCACC